CACAAAUUAUUUGUCAAUAUCAUCGAUUGUUUCGUUUUGCUUUUAAAGUGCCAAUCAAUCAAAAAUUCUCAAAAUCUAUCUCACAUUUUUUAAGUUCCUUGAGAAACAAAGCUAGAGUUGGAUAGAUACAAUUAAACAUGAAAUCCAACUUUUCCUUGUUGUCCAAGCUUUUGAUAUUGCAAUACCUAUCAGUUCUAUGCCUCUCUCAGGAUUUUGAUUUCUUCUACUUUAUUUUGCAGUGGCCAGGAGCAUACUGUGACACCAAGCAGAGCUGCUGUUAUCCGAAGACCGGGAAGCCGACGGCGGAUUUCAGUAUUCAUGGACUCUGGCCUAACUACAAGGAUGGUUCAUGGCCCUCAAACUGUGAUCCUGACAGUGUCUUUGAUAAAUCUCAGGUGUCAGACUUGAUAAGUAACAUGGAGAAGAAUUGGCCAUCAUUGAGUUGCCCAAGUAGCAAUGGAAUGAGGUUCUGGUCACAUGAAUGGGAGAAACAUGGUACCUGCGCCGAAUCUGAGCUUGAUCAGCAUGAAUACUUUGAAACUGCUCUUAAAUUGAAGCAGAAAGCCAACCUUCUUAAGGCCCUCAAGGAUGCAGGAAUAGAACCAGAUGAUGAAUUUUAUAGCUUAGAGAGCAUUUCAGAUGCUAUAAAAGAGGGAACAGGUUUUACUCCAGGAAUUGAGUGUAACAAGGACUCGGCACAUAACAGCCAACUCUACCAAGUUUACAUGUGUGUGGACACUUCUGGUUCAGAUCUCAUUGAGUGUCCUCUACUUCCAAAGAGCAAAUGUGGUUCACAAAUUCAAUUUCCAAAGUUUUAAAGAGAAUUUAGUUAUUGAGCAGCUAGCUAGAACCUGCUUUAAUUUAAUUUGUAUCUUGUAUUUGAUACUUGAAAGUCUUUAUAUUAUUUUUAGCUUUCUUCCAAAUAAAAGUGCAAGUGAUGGAUCGCCAAUCUUCCUGUGAGGAUUGUAAAUGAGUUAUUAGCUUGCUAUUA